AUCUGGUCCGUCUCUUCCUUUAGUACGUUCUCUGUUCUCACGGCACAUUUGAUGUCUGGCCUUUCACCUGCUCUUUUUUCUGUUUCUGUUUGCUCUGACUCAGCAGCUAGACACACACCCACAUGUUACCAGAAAGUCCUUUGUUAUUGGCCAUGAGGGGAACCUUCUCCUUUCCAUUUCUCCCGUUUCUAUUUGUUAUAUCACAAUCAGUCAGCCAAUACUUGCUCACAUACUGCAUGCUGUUGCUGCGCCACGCUGCUGUGAGGCAGCAGUUUCUGCAGGCAGAAGGAAAGGAAGGAGAUGAAUGGAAGGGACAGGGAGGAGAGGGAGAAGAAGGAAACAGGAGAGGAAAAAAUUAUGUAAAACUGAAGUGCAAUCUGGCACCAGCUCCGCUUCUCAACUUUGCUCCCAUAAACACGUGAAGAAACCGUGAUGAUGUCAAAUUCUGUCAUCCUAUCCUCUUAUAAAUAGAUCACUGAUGGUAGGAGGGGGGUGGUAUGUCGAUUAGGAUGAAAUGAAGGGUCCAGCAUAAGAAGGAGAGGGACUCCUAUGUCAGAACUUUAGGAUGGCCACGGAAAGCUCCACUAUUCCCAGUCCUGUUGUCCGCCAAAUCGACAAGCAGUUCCUGAUCUGCAGCAUAUGUCUGGACCGCUACCAGAAUCCCAAAGUACUGCCCUGCCUGCACACCUUCUGUGAGAGGUGCUUGCAGAAUUACAUCCCUGCCCACAGCCUCACCCUGUCGUGCCCCGUGUGCCGUCAGACAUCAAUACUCCCAGAGAGGGGAGUGGCCGCGCUGCAGAACAACUUCUUCAUCACCAACCUGAUGGACUUGCUGCAGCACAGGCCAGAUACCUGCAGCCAGGAGGCCACCACCCUUAGCAACAUCACCACCGUGGCAACGGGUCGACUGCUCUCCUGCCCCAACCAUGGAGGAAGUGUGAUGGAGUUUUACUGUCCUCCAUGUGAGACAGCCAUGUGUCAAGAGUGCACAAGCAGUGAACAUUUAGAGCACCCAACUGUGCCUCUUAAAGAUGUGGUGGAGCAGCACAAGGCCUCACUGCAGGACCAGCUGAAUGCUGUGAAGAAGAGACUGCCAGAGAUUGACUCGGCUCUGCUGUUGCUGUCAGAAAUCCUGCAACAGCUGACCAAUCAGAAAAGCUCCAUAGAAGAUGACAUCCACGCAACCUUUGAUGAGCUGCAGAAUACUCUCAAUGUUCGCAAGAGUGUUUUACUGAUGGAGCUCGAGGUCAACUAUGCACUCAAACAGAAGGUUCUUCAGGCCCAGCUGGACACAUUGCUGCAUGGCCAGGAGGGCAUCAACAGCAGCUGUAACUUCGCGGAGCAGGCCCUGAGCCACGGCACCGAGGCAGAGGUGCUGCUGGUCAAGAAGCAGAUGGGCGAGCGCCUCGUGGAGCUGGCCACUCAGGAGCUUCCUCUGCAGCCCGGGGAGAAUGGCCAGCUGGACUUCCUCAUGGAGACUGAUGGAUUAAAGAAAUCCAUCCACAAUUUGGGUACCGUGGUAACUACAAAUGCUGUCUCAUCAGAAACCGUGGCGACAGGUGCAGGGCUGCGGCACUGCUUGGUGGGCGUGCCCACGGCUGUCACCAUAACUACCAAGGACAAAGAUGGAGAGCUGUGCAAGAUGGGUAACGCAGUCAUCGCUGCUGACAUCUCUUCCCCUGACGGGAGCAAAGUUGACGGGGAGAUACUGGACAACAAGAACGGCACGUACGAGUACCUGUUCACUGCUCCCAAAGAAGGCUUUCUGAACCUAUCCCUGCGCCUGUACAACCAGCACAUCAGAGGAAGUCCCUUCAAAAUAAAGGCCACCAUCCAUUCAUCCCCAAAUACAAAUGGCACCAAAAAGAUGCUGAAGUCUCCGGGCAGUGGACACGUCAAGCAGAAAGCCAUCAAGAGGCCGGCGAGCAUGUACAGCACAGGGAGGAGGAAAGAGAAUCCCAUUGAGGAUGACCUCAUCUUUCGGAUAGGCACCAAAGGAAGACAUAAAGGGGAGUUCACAAAUCUGCAGGGAGUGGCUGCCUCCUCUCAGGGAAAAGUCCUAAUAGCAGACAGCAACAACCAAUGUGUUCAGAUAUUUUCUAAUAACGGCCAAUUCAGAAGUCGUUUUGGCAUCCGUGGCAGGACCCCAGGUCAGAUGCAGCGGCCGACGGGCGUGGCUGUCCACCCCAGUGGUGACAUCCUCAUUGCAGACUAUGACAACAAAUGGGUCAGCAUCUUUUCAAAUGAAGGCAAGUUUAAGAACAAAGUGGGCUCAGGGAAGCUGAUGGGACCCAAAGGCGUUGCGGUGGACAGGAACGGACACGUCAUUGUGGUCGACAAUAAGGCCUGCUGCGUUUUCAUCUUCCAGGCCAAUGGCAAGCUGGUCACCAAGUUUGGUAACCGUGGCAACGGUGACAGGCAGUUUGCAGGCCCUCAUUUUGCUGCUGUCAACAAUAACAACGAAAUUGUUGUGACUGAUUUUCACAAUCACUCAGUCAAGGUCUUUAACACAGAGGGGAAGUUCUUGCUGAAGUUUGGUUCUAACGGCGAAGGUAACGGCCAGUUCAAUGCCCCCACUGGCGUGGCGGUGGACAUCAAUGGGAAUAUCAUUGUAGCGGACUGGGGCAACAGCAGGAUACAGGUGUUUGAUGCCAGUGGUUCCUUCCUCUCCUACAUCAACACGUCGGCAGACCCGCUCUACGGCCCACAGGGACUGGCACUCACCUCUGACGGACAUGUGGUGGUCGCAGAUUCUGGCAACCACUGCUUCAAAGUCUACCGCUAUCUGCAGUAGCUCACCUUUCUAUACCUGCUUACUACCAGGAAAUGGUAGACUGGAAAGACUGGAACACUGCAUUUAUCAACUCAUUCAUUCAUUCAUUCAUUCAUUCAUUCAUUCAUUCAUUCAUUCAUUCAUUCAUUCAUUCAUUCAUUCAUUCAUUCAUUCAUUCCACUGUGCCAUCUGUUAGGAUUCUGUUCUUGAUUCUGAAGCAAUAACUCAUCACAGGUAGCUGCUGCUGGUUAGUGUUUUGAAGAAGUUGAUCACAACUUUCACAAGACAUUUGGAGUGUGCUAACUUGAAGUUUUAAUAGCGAUACACCCAGAACUUGUCAACAAAUUUUAGGAAACUGGAAACAAACUGCUGCACUGGUUUUGAAAAUGACUUGCUUGUUAAGUGAGAAUAAGAUGUGUAUGUUCAACUACAGUUUAGGUACCUCCGAAAUAUACAGAUAUUACUGCACUUUUCAGCACUUUUCUGUUGAAAUGCCCUUAAGAUGCCUCACAAUUUGCCUGUUCACUCUCAGAAUAAAAAAAAUUGGUGUAGGAUGAUUUGAAGCAUGACCACACAAUACUAUGCAUGCUGUUUUUAGCAAACAUCUUAUAAUAUAAUGUACUGCAUUGAAACUACAGAGUUCAGUAUCACAAGCUUAUUACUUAAAAUGCCUCCACAGUUUCAGUUUUUCAAUAUUUCCAUCAAAAAACAGCUAUUUAGUUCUGUUAUACUUUUUAGUAGAACUGAUUUCUUGAUUGGUUUUAAGAAAACGAAAUGCAUGCAUUUGCAUCACAAACAUGGGCCACCUGAUAUUGACCUGAGUGGAUCGCAAUGAGUGACAUGAAUAAAUAUUUAAAUUACAUAAUUAAAAUUAAAUUGGUGAUGAUAAAUAAAUGUAUCCUGGAUUA